AUGGCCGGCCGAGGUGUGUGGGGAGGGGGCAGCCCCCGCCUGCGGUGCGGGGGGCCCCGGGCCCCACGCCGGAAAGGGAAAGAGGGUCUUGGCGCUCAUCUAGGGGUCUGUACCCCUGCUGAUGCCCUCUCUGUCACCCAGGUGGAGGACGGGGGCAAGGCUGCACUGUCCCACCAGCUGCAGCCAGGUGAUGAGCUGGUGAACAUCAGUGGGACGCCGCUGUACGGGUCCCGCCAGGAGGCCCUCAUCCUCAUCAAGGGCUCCUACCGCACCCUGAAGAUGAUCGUCCGCAGGAGGAGCGUGCCCGUCCUCCGGCCCCAUUCCUGGCACGUGGCCAAGCUCGCCGAAAGCCGCCCCGACGCCCCCACCAUGCACUGCCCCGCUGACGCCUUCAGCCUCUCCUGGCCCUCGGGGUGUGAUGUCAGCGAGCUGUCCCUGCAGUGGAACCCGCUGUCCCGGCACUGCAGCACCGACCGGAGCAGCUCCAUCGGGAGCAUGGAGAGCCUGGACCAGCCCGGCCAGGCCUACUAUGAAGGGGACCCCUCGCCCGUUGACCAGGUCAUGUACCACAGCAAGCGGGACUCGGCCUACAGCUCCUUCUCCGCCAGCUCCAUCGCCUCCGACUGUGCCCUCUCCCUCCGUCCCGAGGAGGCUGCCUCUGUUGACUCCAGCCUCCAAGGCCCCUGCAAGCCCACUGAUGGGCGCUACCUGACCACGGGGACCGAGCUGCCCACCAGCCGGCACCCUGAGGCCUGGCGGGCACCCAUGCCUCCCCAGCCCCCUGUCAGGAGGGACAGCCUGCGGGCAGCCCCAUCUGGAGGAGGGGACAGGCGCCGGGUGCCAGUGUCAGCAGACAUGCUGCAUGCCAAGGGCCGGUGGAUCUCCGACACCUUCCUCUGCCAACGGGACGGGGAGGCGGAGGCAGCAGGCAGCAGGACACUGGUGCCGCACCCCAUGAAGGACCGACUCUCUGCUGACCAGUAUUACAUGCUGAGCUCCCACUCGGAGCGGUGCCCAGCUGAGCCACCUGGGGGGGAGAGCGCGGAGCCUGGAAACCAGCUGUACCCUGAUGGUGGCGUGCAACGAGUGCCAGGUGCCGCGGCAGUGGGUGACAACCCACUGCUCUCUCCACUCAAGGGGCACACGCUGCACCGGCACAGUGCUCCUGAGCAGCUGCUGGCCUCCCAGCUCCGCUCUCUCCAGGUGGGCACCAGCAGUGGGCGAGCCUCGCCGGCCCCUGACGGGCACCGCUGGACCCUUUCCCCGCUGCACCCUGAGGGCAGCCGGACGGAGUCUGUGGGGGCUGUCCAGGACCCCCCUGUCUGCCCAGAACCGUGCCACCGCCUGCUACCCUGCCACUGCUGCCCUGAGCCACAGCGAGCCUGUGGGCAGGAUGGGCCAGGGUCCAGCCCAGCACGCAGCACCGAGGGGCCAGCAGAGGAGGAGAGCCGGGUGGGGGGCCGGCGGGCUGGGGGCCCUCCCCACCGCUCUGCUCAGAUGCGCCGCCGCAGCGACCGCUUUGCCACCAGUCUGCGCAAUGAGAUACAGCGGCGCAAGGCUCAGCUGCAGAAGAGCCGGGGUCCCGGUGCCCCGCCACCGGGCGAGGAGCCUGUGGAGGAGGCAGAUGAGCCACCUGAGGUUAGCGUGCCGGCAGAGAGACCCUGCACCCCAGCUGAGCGUCUCAGCCCUGCACCGAGCAAGGAUGGCAGGAACCCCAGCCACUUGGGGGACCGGGGUAUCCCCACGCCUGACCCACUGCCAGUCCCCAAAGGGCCCCCAUCCCCUGAGCGGGUGGUGCCGAUGGGCCGGGGGCGCUGGCGCUGGUCUCCGGAGCGGAAGCUGCAGCAGCAGCACUCGCCCAGCCCCAGCCAGCUGGAGGGCUACAGCCAGGGGCCAGCGGCCACCAGCUCCCCGCCGCAGGGAAGCGAUGAGGCUGUCCUCCUGCCCUUUGCCGAUCGUCGACGGUUCUUCGAGGAGAGCAGCAGGCUGGUGCCACCCCGGCAUGGCAAGCUCCCGGCAAGUGACCCUAGUGCCUUCCAGCCCCCUGAGCGCCGGGACACCCGCCGCCUCUCUAUUGACCAGCCCUAUGGAUCCCCUUCGGCUGGCCGCCCUGGCUCUGCCAGCCCCUACGCCGAGUGCUGCCGGGAGCAGCCUCCCUGCUACAAGCCUCUGGGCAGGCCAGGGGAGCUGGAGUACCUGCGGGGCUUCUCCUACCCCUGUGGGGGUUCCCUGCGCCCUGAGCCCUGCUACUACUGUGGGGGAGAACUGGGGCCCCCGCCGCUGCCCCGCAGCCACACAUGCCGCUGCCAUCCCCAGCCCUGGGUGCGCUGCCCUGACUGCUGCUGCCCAGCCCCCCGUCCUGGGCGGGAGGAGAGUGAUGCCUGGCCACCCCGGAGAGCUUUCGCCCCGGAAUUUCCUCUGGAUGAGUGGGAACCACCAGCAGUCACCAGGAAAGCCAGCCAGUCCAUCAGUGAGCUCUCCCACUACCAACUGGGCUUCUCGAGGCUUGGCCCCUUCCGCCCCUGCUUUGAGAGCUCAGAGACAGAGUGGCCACCCUGCUACCGGGCCACAUCCACACACGACCUCUCAUGGGAUGGUGACCGCCUGGCCCGCUCCCCUGAGAGUCCCUCAGAGCCCUUGCACCGCCCGCUGCGGGGCAGAGCCUUCUCUGAGAGCCACCUCAACCUGGAGCCUGCCAGCCCCCGGGGCCACGACCGCAGGGACCUUCUCCGUGCCAAGCUGGACCCUGCUGGUGUCCCAAAAAAAAAGGGCCCCCCACCUCCCCGCCCGCCUCCCCCCAACUGGGAGAAGUACAGGCAGCACCGGAUGUCCCAGCGCCUGCCAGAUGGAUCUGGGCAUGGUUCUGCCUUCACCGCCACCCCAGUGCCGACCCGCAGCAUCGCCGAGGCCGUGCGUGAGCGGUCACAGAGCCUCACCGGGGAGCAGGGGGGCCGGUCCCGGGGCCACACCGCUCGCCCUCCUGCCCCGCCGGGCGCCUGGCCCCGACCUGAGCCCCCCAGCUCGCUCCACAGGACGCCUGAGCCCGAUGCUGGCAGCGCCGAGAUUUGCAGGGCUGCAGGGGCUGGGGAGGAGCGGCCAAAGGCGAAGCACCUCUGGGAGAUGGAGGAGCAGCCCCAAAGGCUCAGCUGGAACCAGGAGCAGGGCUGGGCUGCCCCCCGUGGGGUGGGUGAGUGCUCCCUGCCCCUCCAUGGUGGUCCUGGCCCCACCACCCCUGAAGCACCCGAGCCCAGCCCUGGAGCAACAGAGGAUGUGAGCUGCCAAGGGGACCAGCCGCAGCCCCACCGCAUGGGCUCGGAGGAGCUGCUGUGGGAUUUGGCAGGCAGGGACCACUCCCUGGCCGGCAUCCUGGCCCCCUUGGCCCAUGUUGGCCCCACCACCGAGGUGAUGGGCGAGCUGCUGGUGGCAGGGGAGCGGCAGGCCUGGCGGGAACGUUUCCAGCAGGACUGGCCCCUGGAGGCCCUGGUGCAGGACAGGCAGGGCUUUGAGCCCAUCUCGCCGCCCCCUGGGAGUGCUGCCAGCUCCACUGCCUACCCGGCAUACUAUGGCGUGGCAGCCGGCAAAGCUGAGCCACUCGGCAAGGUGAAAGAGCUGCCGGAGGUGGUGGAGGGGAGCUCGGAGGAGGAGGAUGUCGACCGCGAGCUGGUGGAGAAGAAGCUGCAGCUGAUUGAGAGCCUGAGCCGCAAGCUGGCGGUGCUGCAGGAGGCGCAGCGGGGGCUGCAGGAGGACAUCAGCGCCAAUGGGGCACUGGGUGAGGAUGUGGCUGCCCGCCUGCAAGCCCUCUGCACCCCGGGGGAGUUUGACAAGUACCGCCUCUUUGUGGGUGACCUGGACAAGGUGGUCAACCUACUGCUCUCCCUCUCGGGGCGCCUGGCCCGUGUGGAGACUGCCCUCGACAGCCUGGGGCCACACGCUCCCACUGAGGACAAGGUGGCCCUGCGGGAAAAGCGGCGGCUGCUGGCAGCACAGCUGGAGGACGCCAAGGAGCUGAAGGAGCACGUGGGGCGGCGCGAGGAGGCAGUGGGCGCCAUGGUGGCGCGGUACCUGCCCGCCGAGCACCUCCAGGACUACCAGCACUUUGUCAAGAUGAAGUCAGCCCUCAUUGCCGAGCAGCGGGAGCUGGAGGAGAAGAUCAAGCUGGGCCAGGAGCAGCUCCGCUGCCUCCGCGAGAGCCUUGGCCAGGCCCCCAAGGGCUGCUAGCCCCCCUGCCCAGCCUCCCCCCAGGACCCUGGCCAUGGCCCCAGCUUGCUGCCAAAGUGAAUCCGUCCCCUCAGGGGCUCUCCCUGCAUCCGUCCGUCUGUCCAGACCCUGCCUUUUAUUUAUUUUUCCUGUUUACCAAGCAGGGGAGGGGGUGCCAGUCCAGGCACUGGCAGGGGGCGUCCUGCCAUAGACCUGCCCUGGGCUUGAUGGCCGCCUAGCACCCUGUGGCCCAGCAGAACCAGAUGGACGGAUCCUGCCACCCCCCAUCUUUCUGUGCUUGUGGGGGUCCCUUUGCAGCAGUGCCUGUCCCGCAGCCUGUGCUGCACCAUGUGCCUUAAAGAUCCCCUGGCUGCCCCGGGGCAUCCCCACACGGUGCCUGGAAGGGUUAAACUGUCCUCCUCCUCCGUCAUGUCUGUUUGUCCACCUCUGUCCAUCUGUCCGGUGGGAGCUGGAGGAAUUUUGGCCCCAGGCAUCCUCUUCCUCUCCAUUGUGUCCAAAACAAUGGCCCUGGCCAGCGGGACCUUAACCCCUUCACCACUGUCCCCAGCCACUGUGGGGGGCCAAGGUGGGUGUUGGUGGCUGCUGUGCAACCCUCUUCUAGGGUACACUGCAGUGGGUGCCCCCGGGAUGGUGCCCUGCCAGGGCACGGGGUGCUGGGAGCUGUAGCCACUGGUGCUGUGGGCACGGGGACCACCCGGCCUCAUCCAGCCCUUGCUUCCAGCCUCUGCCCUGGCACCAGGAAGGAUUAAUAGAGAAAAAAAGCAUGCUAAGGACGAAACAGGGCAUCUGUCCUGGUCCUCUGUAUCGUUGCAGCCCCAAAUAGCACUUUGGCCUCACCCUGGGUUGCUCUGCCACCGUGCCACUGUCUGUCCCCAUGGGAUGGGCAGGCACCUUGAUGCUGUUUUUGCACAGGGAUUUCACGCAACGAAGAGCAGCUUUGGGUGGGGUGGGGGAAGCAUUUUUGGGGAAGCAGGGUGGGCCCGAGCCUCAGGGUCCAGGGAGCCCCUUGGCACUGCAGCAGCCCCCCUGCUCCUCCUGUGGCUCCCCCAGCCCGUUGAACACUACACCCCACACCUGCCUAGCCCUGCCCUGGGAUGGUGCCUGGCAGGAGUGGGGUCCCCUGCAUGUCCCCUGUCUCAGCCACCCCUGUGCCUGCUCGGGUACACUGCUAGGACCAAAGACUGCACCCACUAGGAGCGGGGGGACAUGCUGCUCUUGGGGGGGACCGGCAGCCCUCCUCAGCACCAGGGGGGUGUACCAGUGCCCAUGCCUUGCCUUGUGCCCUUGUGCCUCUCUCACACUAAAGGAGCAGCAGCAGC